AUGGCUCUCCCAACCCCACCCACAGCUACAUUCAAUGUAGCCCUUGAUUCGGAAGCAACGAUACACGUACACGAUCCGAUGACGUUGCAAAGCCGUCUAGCUCGACCAGGCAGUGGUCGAGACGCUACCUUAUCGAAAACCGACACAAAGCCCUACCUAGCCCCACCUUCGCUGCCGAAGUCAACACUCGUCUUGUUGAACCACGAACCAACCUUCCGUCUUCUCUUAGAACAUGGAACAGACAUACACGCCAAAGCAGAGAGAGAGAGGGAGCUGUCGAGGUCAACAACCUCAGAAAAGUACCGCAAUGAUCCUCGCUCAGAAACAAUCCGAUCUGUAUACUCUCACCGAGCAGACAAACCUUAG